UUUCAAAUACCCAUAGGCCAUAGCUGUGUUGUGUCGGUCCGAGAGACUAGAGCGAGAGAGACGGGAGGGAGACGGAGAGGGAUGUACCUGAAGAAGGCGUUUUGGAACGAGGUACCGAAAUCGGAAACCCAGAGUGGUGAUAAACUGUCGGAAACGACGUCUCCGGUGACUGAUCUUGUGAGCUCACUCGACGAUCAGAGACUCUACAGAGAGGUAACUCUCGCACUACGAACCGGACUCCGUGACGCACGCUCCGAUUUCUCGUUCCUUCGACUACAUGGCCUUCGCAACAUCCUCAAAUUCCUUCGAUCUGUUGCGGCCUCUGAUUCCACCAUCAAUCUUUUCUGCCACACCCAAACGAUUCCCGAUCUCCAAGUGGUCCCAGUUCUGUUUCAAUACUCAUUACAAGAAUGUGAGGAUCAGAUAGUGAGCAAUUUGGAUCACAUCUUCAGUGUUGAACCCUUGAAGAUAAAAAGUCCUUCAACUGAUGCUGAAGUUUCUCUAGCACUAAGAGUCUUGGAAGGAUGUUGUCUGCUCCACAAAGAGAGCACUGUUUUAGCCCAUCAGUUCAAGGCAAUUCAGGUGUUGAUGAACAUAUUAGCAACACGAGGAGUACUUGAGCAAGGUGCAUGCUUAGAUGCUCUUAUCUCAAUAAUGCUGGACUCAUCCGUGAAUCAAAUGGAUUUUGAGGAAUGCAAUGGCAUUGAGGAAGUUGCGUUGAUUAUAGGGGACAAACAAAUAGAUGAGAAUUUGAGGCUGAAAUGUGGGGAGUUCUUGUUGUUGCUGAUUGGGCAUGUAAAUGGGAGGGAAGGAGCACCAAUGGCAGGGAUACAUGAUGAUGUGAGGCGUCUGUUGGGAGAGAAAUCUGCAUCAUUGAUUUGGGCUGCAAGCCAGUUUGGAUCCACACUUGAUCCAGACCAAAGACUCACAGCUCUUCACAUCCAAGCUCGCAGGGUGCUUGAGUCCCUAGACCUAUAUUGAAUUUCACCUCACAAAUUCCAACAUUUGUUGUAGGCUCUGUAGCUCACAUCAAUUGUAGAUAUGGAAAAAUAUGUAUCUGUGUUAUGAAUUAUAUUGAAUCUGAUAGAUGAUGCGUGUGUUGUUACCUUUACAACAAGACUAUUUUUAAUGCAUGUAUCACAUUUUAAAGGAAUGUGCUUCUUUCAACC